AAGAGAAGAUGACUUUUAACAGUUUUGAAGGAGCUAAAACUUGUGUACCUGCAGGCAUCAAUAAGGAUGAAGAAUUUGUAGAAGAGUUUAAUAGAUUAAAAACUUUUGCUAAUUUUCCAAGUAGCAGUCCUGUUUCAGCAUCAACGUUAGCACGAGCUGGUUUUCUGUAUACUGGUGAAGGAGAUACUGUGCGGUGCUUUAGUUGUCAUGCAUCAAUAGAUAGAUGGCAAUAUGGAGACUCAGCAGUUGGAAGACACAGGAAAGUAUCCCCAAAUUGCAGAUUUAUCAAUGGCUUUUAUUUUGAAAACACUGCUGCACAACCUACAAAUCCAGGUAUCCAAAAUGGUCAAUAUAAUGCAGAAAACUAUCUGAGAAACAGAGAUCAUUUUGUUUUAGACAGACCAUCUGAGACUCAUGCAGAUUAUCUUUUGAGAACUGGACAGGUCGUAGAUAUAUCAGACACCACAUACCCGGAGAACCCUGCCAUGUAUAGUGAAGAAGCUAGAUUAAACUCAUUUCAGAACUGGCCAGACUAUGUCCACUUGACCCCAAGAGAGUUAGCUAGUGCUGGAUUCUACUACACAGGUAUUGACGAUCAAGUGCAGUGCUUUUGUUGUGGUGGAAAACUGAAAAAUUGGGAACCGUGUGAUAAUGCAUGGUCAGAACACAGGCGACACUUUCCUAAUUGCUUCUUUGUUCUGGGCCGGAAUGUUAAUAUUCGAAGUGAAUCUGAUGUUGCGAGUACUGAUAGGAACGUCCCAAAUUCAACAAGUAUUCCAGAAAAUCCAGCCAUGGCAGAUUAUGAAGCACGGAUCGUUACUUUUCGGAUGUGGAUGUGUUCAAUUAACAAGGAGCAACUUGCAAGAGCUGGAUUUUAUUCUUUAGGGGAUGGUGAUAAAGUAAAAUGCUUUCACUGUGGAGGAGGACUAACUGAUUGGAAGCCCAGUGAAGACCCUUGGGAACAACAUGCUAAGUGGUUUCCAGGGUGUAAAUAUCUGUUAGAAGAGAAGGGACAAGAAUAUAUAAACAAUAUUCAUUUAACCCAUUCAGUGCUAAGAACUGCUGAAAGAACACGGUCAUUAACUGAAAGAAUUGAGGAUGCCAUCUUCCAAAAUCCUAUGUUACAAGAAGCUAUACGAAUGGGAUUCAGUUUCAAGGACAUUAAGAAAAUAAUGGAGGAAAAAAUUCAGACAUCUGGGAGCAACUAUGUAUCACUUGAGGCUCUGGUUUCAGAUCUAGUGAGUGCUCAGAAAGACCAUACACAAGAUGAAUCAAGCCAGACUUCAUUGCAAAAAGAGAUUAGUGCUGAAGAGCAGCUCAGACUCCUGCAAGAGGAAAAGCUUUGCAAAAUCUGUAUGGAUAGAAAUAUUGCUGUGGUUUUCAUUCCUUGCGGACAUCUGGUCACUUGUAAACAAUGUGCUGAAGCAGUUGACAAAUGUCCCAUGUGCUAUACAGUCAUUACUUUCAAGCAAAAAAUUUUUAUGUCUUAAUCUCACUCUACAG